AUGAGGCGCUGGACACCAGGAAUGACAUGGAAGAACACAGAAAUGAGGGCGCUCAACUGUGCAAUAGCGAGUUUACGGAGGCAUCGCAGCCUGCAGAUGAGGCCCUUGCACAACAGUCAGGACAUCGGCCAACAGAGCGGCCAAGGGGACCGGCUGCUGAAGGGCAUCGCCAAGGAACGCCAGAAGGGGUAUCAGAACAUGUCUGGCAAGAAGACAACCUUUGGAAAGUUCCUGAUAGAGGAGCUGCAUGGCUUGACAGGCUUUGCCAGAGGUCACCACAGACGCACCCUCUCCGAACUCAUCCAGGAGGGCGAACUGUAUGAGGCAAUGAAUUCCAGCCAGCGAGAAGGGCACUUGAGAAGAGUGGAGUAUGCGCUCGGAAGCUUGCAGUGGGAGGCUGAGCAGGUGCGGAGUGUGCCGCUCAGAAUCCGCACAGGCCCCGUGCUGCGCAUGCAGCAGCCCUCAGCAGGGAGCCAGGCCAUUGCAGCGCCCCUGCCUCCGCACCUGAGAGCACAGUGGACACCGCCUGGUGCAGAGGAUGCUGAGGAUGCAGACUUCAGUAAGCAGCAGGCAGGAUAUGUCCCUGGCAGCCACCGGGCCCUCCUCAACGGUCAGCAGACAAUGGCUCCUUGGCUGUCGGAUGGGGCCGGACAGGCAGACGCAGAUGCAGCAACAGUCCCGCUUCCCCAGAAUGGCAAGGUGGCGCUGCAUGAAGGGGUGGAUGGAGCCAGCAUGGCAGGUGCAUCGGAGGCUGCCGCAGUAGUGAGCAUAGAGCAGACAGCGUCAACAUCAGGACCAUACGUGCCUGGUAGACAGCUGACCUACAAGGGCAUUGUGUUCGAUCUUGAGACGACUGGGUUUCCGUCGAAGAAGAGCCGGAUUUUGGAGAUUGCAGCGCUGGAGAUGGACAGUCAGAAGGGCAUGCAGACACUUGUGAACAUUUUUCCUCACACGGUGCCCAAUUCCGAAAUCCAUGGAAUCACGACAGAGAUGGUGCAUGAUCCUUCCUUGCCUACAUCAAGGGAGGCGGUGCAGCAGUUCAUGGACUUCAUAGACAGUCACUGCGCCUCAGAGGACACUGUGCCAGUCCUGAUUGCGCACAACGGUAGAAGAUUUGACAUCCCUUUCCUGGCCAUGGAGUUUGCUCGGGAAGGCUUCAAGAUCCCGGCCAACUGGCAUUUCAUGGAUACCCUGAUGGUUGCGCAGAAGGUCAUCGACAGAGACAACAUCCAAUCCCUCAAACUGACGGACAUGCGCGAGCACUUUGGCAUUUCUGCGCCCUCUGUGGAGCAUCGGGCUUGGCAGGAUGUAGAGCACUGGCGUUUCAAGGCAAUUGCUUUAUUCUACAGGGACCUGGAGAAGAGUGGAUUUGAAAGCCUGGGGGACCUGCUUUACUUCUUCCCCCGAUCCUACAUCAAUUUUGGCACUGUUCUGCGAGACGAUGCCUAUGUGCACCUGGAUGGCACUGUCAUGCAGAGCUCUGCAAAGUUCUUCAAGAACCUUUUCUUCAGUGACCUGACUGCAUCGGUGGAGGCUGCAGCAGUUCUCCCGAUCACAGGUCGCUGGGAGUUGGAUGCUUCCACAGUUGAGUUCCUAGAACCUACUGCAAAGAAGGCAGCAGCUGCUGAGGGCCUGGUCCCUGUAUACUCUCAGAGGGCACCCUUGAAGAAGGGAGACAUGCCCAAGCUGGUGUCCAAGGCUCUGACCAUCCUCGAAACAGCAGGCGCCGUGAAUGACAUGGACAUUCUGCCUGAGCCUGUUCGCGAGGAGCACAGCCUCAUGCCCUGGCUCCAGGCGAUGAGGAGCAGGCACCAGCCGCAGAGCGAGCAGGAGGCGGAGGCUGCUCGGCAGCGCCUGGCCUUUGAAGAGCUACUCGUGCUGCAGCUGAGGCUGCUGCUCCAGCGCAACGACAUCCAGGCAUCUGCACUGGGGACGGAGGGGGUGUGUGUGACGGAGGUGGGCCUGGUGGAGGCUGCGCGCGAGGCGCUGCCCUUCCAGCUCACCGGCGGCCAGGAGCGCGCAUUGGACAACGUCCUGCGCGACAUGCAGGGGCCACUCCCCAUGAUGUGCCUCCUGCAGGGCGACGUGGGGUGCGGCAAGACGGCUGUAGCGUUCUUGGCCCUCCUGGCGGCAGCUGGCAGCGGCUACCAGGCAGCCAUCAUGCUGCCGACCGAGAUCUUGGCCAGCCAGACGCAUAUAAAGCUGCAGCAGCUGCUGCAGAGCAUGCCUGAAGGCCUGCAGCCCAAGCUUGAAUUCCUCACCGGCAGCACCAAAGCCAAAGAGCGGCGCGAGAUCAUUGGGGGAUUGGCUGAUGGCUCUGUGGACCUGAUUGUGGGCACGCACGCCCUCAUCAGCGACAGCGUUGAGUUCCAGAACCUGGGCUUUGCCGUCGUCGACGAGCAGCAUAGGUUUGGGGUGGAGCAGCGGGCGCGGCUGGCGGCGAAGGCGAGCCCGGCGCCGCACGUGAUGUACAUGACGGCCACGCCCAUCCCCCGCACGCUCGCGCUGGUGGAGCACGGCGACCUCGCCCUUGUCACCAUCAACGAGCUCCCGCCCGGCCGCUCCCCCGUCGCCACGCGCGCCCUCACCGACUCCCCCGCCUCCCGCGCCCUGGUGUACGAGGCGAUUAAGGAGGAGCUGGCAUCGGGCGGCCGUGCGUACAUCAUCUGCCCCCUGGUUGGCGAGAGCACCACCAAAGCGCUCGCCGACGUCAAGGCAGCGGAGGAGGAGCACAGGCGGCUGGUGGAGGGGGGAGUCCUGGGCGAGGGCGUCUCCUACGGCCUCCUGCACGGCCGCCUGAGCGCCGAGGAGAAGGCCGAUGCUCUUGCAGCCUUCGCUGCCGGCCGCACCACCGUGCUCAUCGCCACCACGGUCGUCGAGGUUGGGGUGGAUGUGCCGGAGGCGAGUGUGAUAGUGGUGGAGGGCGCGGAGCGGUUUGGGCUGGCGGCGCUGCACCAGCUGCGCGGCCGCGUCGGCCGGGGGGUGCGCGCAUCGCGCUGCUUCCUCAUCACCCAGGAGCCCAGCCAACGCCUGGCCAUACUUGAAACCUCCCACAGCGGCUUCAGCAUCGCCGAGGCUGACCUUGUGCACAGGGGCCCCGGGGACUUUCUGGGCAAGAGGCAGAGUGGGAGGGAUGCCUUUUCCCUGCUGCGCUCGGCCAGGCUGCCUGCCGACAAGGACCUGCUGGACGACGCGCGCCGCUGCGCUGCCAAGCUCAUCUCCGAAUGGCAGGAGGGCGCUGUGGAACCGCCGGCUGCGCUGAUGGCUGCUGUGCGGCGGCAGGCCAGCAUGCUGUUGGACGUUAACCACGUCCCCGCGUCUCUGGCUCCAGAGAGUUGCGGCAGCUAG